UGCUCGCUCUCUCCGCCUCCGCUUCCUCCCGGGAUCCAAGAUGGAGUCGCUGAGUAAAGCGGGACAGGAGAUGAGCCUGGCGGCCUUAAAGCGGCACGAUCCCUACAUCACCAGCAUCGCCGACGUGACCGGCCAGGUCGCGCUCUACAGCUUCAGCCCCAAAGCCAACGAGUGGGAGAAGACUGACAUAGAAGGUACCUUAUUUGUGUACAGAAGGUCAGCUUCUCCCUACUAUGGUUUUACGAUUGUGAAUCGACUGAAUAUGCACAACCUAGUUGAGCCAGUAAAUAAAGACUUGGAAUUUCAACUGCAUGAACCUUUUCUUCUUUACAGAAACGCUAGCUUGUCUAUUUACAGUAUCUGGUUUUAUGACAAGAAUGACUGUCAUCGAAUAGCAAAACUCAUGGCAAAAGUGGUACAACAAGAAGCUCAAAGAUCUCAGCAAGUUUCACAUGACAGAAAGAGUCCCAGCAGAACUAAUGGUUGCAGUGAAAACAAACCCAUUGAUAUCCUGGAAAUGCUUAGCAAAGCCAAGGAUGAAUAUGAACGAACUCAGAUCAGUGACUUAAGUAUUAUAUCAAGUUCUGGAAUGCAGCAAAAUGAGAAUCCCACGAAGACAGAAAGCAUGGAGACUUCAGAACAAACAUCUUCAACGUUACAAAUGCAAGACCAGCCAUUCCAGUCAACGCACAAACAUCUGACAGUGGAAGAAUUAUUUGGAACCUCCUUGCCAAAGGAACAACCAACAGUUUCAUAUCCCAAUCCAGACAGAAUAGAGAAGUUGCAAGCUGACACUACAGGCAGAGAGCACAACUUAUUCUUACCUUUUUCACUUGAGCAAUCAGCAGUGACACACCAACCAUUGCGGAAACCAGAGAGUACAAGUGUCAAAAACAAUGGCAGUACUUUGAAUCAGCAAGAGCGUGUAACACCCAUGCUGAUUGCUCCAGCUUCAGUUUUGCAGCCUGACGUAAAGAAUGUUUCAAACUAUACAGUUCAGUUAAGCCCUAUUCUUAAUUCAGCCUCAACAACAGAAGCUCCUUCUGCUCAGAUACUUCCCAACCUAAACUCAAACAGUAAUAUAAUGCAAGUUAUGCAUCAAGCUGCUAAACAGAUGUCCCCACUUAUGAAUCAGACACCAUCUGAUGUGAAUCACAUGCCACAAAAUCUAAUUGCUGGCCAAAACCAGUUCAUAGCACCUUUGGCAGCAACUAAUACAGGAAAUGCUUCAAAUACACCCCUUCCAAAUGUUGACCUUCUCCAGAAACUAAGGUUGACCCCACAGCAGGACCAAAUACAACAGUCUCUUAGUAAAACUACCAUGGCACCUAGCAUUUCAUCCACAGUUAGCCAGCUUGCAACACCAGAAAGCUUCAAAGAAUCCCACACCAAACCAGCAUCACUGAGUAGCAAAAUAAUCACGCCACUUCAGACCAUACAGCAAAACAAGGAGCCAGAUGUAUUUUCACAACCCAAGGCUUUGCCAAAAGCCAGCCAAGUCGCACCUCCACAGUUUGUUACAGCCACAACUACAGUGACUCCUUCAAUCCUCUUGUCUCCUAGUGUUUUCCAGCAGUCAGCUACAAAAUCCACUGAAAUGGAGAAUAAAGCCAGCUCCUCUUCUCCUCUAACACUUGGAGCAACAGAAAUUCAGACAAUGCCUCCUACUGUUCUCAGUAGGUCUCAGCUCCAGGAAACCUUAAUACAUCUAAUAAAGGGGCAUGAGCUCACCUUGAAAUGGAAACUGCAAGCAUUCUGAUUAAUGAAUUAGAAAGUUUUUAAUGAGUGUUUUAAUGCUUCAAUUAAUAUUUCUGCUGCAAUUCUGUUUUGUAACUUCUACUGCAAUGUUCCUCAGGCCAGGUCUACACUUAGAAUGCUGUAGCAGCCCAGCUGCACUGAUGCAAUUGCAGCACUGUAGCACUUCAGUGAAGAUGAUACUAUGCCAACGGGAGAGCUUCUCCUGUCGGCAUAGUUAAUCCAUCUCCACAAGAAGUGGUAGCUGUGUCGACGGGAGAAGUCCUCCCGUCAACGUAGCACUGUCUAUGCUGGGGGCAAGGUCAGUAUAACUACAUUGCUCAGGGAUGUAGAUUUUUCCCGCCCCUUGGUGUUGGAGUUAUUCCAAUAUAAUGCAGAUCUGGCCUCAGUAAAUCACAACAGAGCUAUUGCUCCUAUAGAGCCAUAUAGCAAGAGGAUUAUUUAGCCUCUUUCUGUUGUAAAAUUACCAUCAGUGUCACAAAACUUUGUGCGACAUUAGGGCUCUCUUACUCUUUCCACACUGAUCUCAACAGGUCUUGCACACAAAAUGCAGCUCUAAAAAUAAGACUACAGAAACCUAGCUCCUAGCAAUAGAAUUGUUAGGUCUGGAAGGGGCCCAUAGUAAGUCAUAUGAUCAGUUUGGUGGCUGUUUUUGUUCUUUUGCACGACCUGCCUUUUUUUGCAGGACCCGCAGCUGUAAAAAAAACACUUGCUGACCCAGGAAAAACCUGAAAACUGAGCCAGUCUUUUAUUAUUAUUUUAUUAUUUAUUUAUUGUCGGAGGCAGAUUACAGGCAGAAAUCUGUGCAAUCUUGAGGACACUAUUUGUGCUGUUCCAGUUCCAAAGGAAGCAGUUCUUUUUAUGUGCACUCUGUAUAGGCCGUAUUUAGACAGGAACCUGAAUGCUGAUCAAAAUUGUCCUCCCCAGAAGUGGGGGAUUACUAUAAAUAGUGACUGCAAUAGAAUACAAAGGGAUGAAGUGAAAAUAAUGCUGAAGGAGAAGAAUAUUCAUCUUCAUGCUGAUUGAUUAGGUGUCUGUUGUAGGCUUUACCAGUAUAUCUCAUUUGAAUGAUUAGAACCCAAGAAAACUAGAAUAGCUUUAAAUAUUGCAUAUAAGUUAGCAUGCUGAGUUUCCUGGUAAUAUACUGAUCUAGGAUUUUAGACCAGGAACACACUGUGCAUUGGUUUCCAAAUUGGUCUUAGAUUAGAAGUGUAAGUAAUUGCAGAAAGUCUUUUUAUAUAAUUGGUGGCACUGCUUGGAGAUGGAUUUGGGAGUCAGUACUGUUCAGAAAUGCACAAAAAGCAAAAUUCACCGCACCCCUGCGACGCUCAGGUAAUGGGACUUGAUGUGGUUGAAGUGAGCAGGAGUUCUGGGGGACAGUACCUUCCAACUCAGGGCAAGGACUGCAGUGCACAUGCUUUUCCACCCACUUAAAAUUACUAGUACAUUGUAGGGGCUGGAAUAAUGGUGGCUGUUGUCCUGCAGUGUUACUUGUGCUGGAUGUUAGGACCGCUUGAAACAGGGGCGGGCAAACUUUUUGGCAUGAGGGCCAUAUCAGGUUUCCAAAAUUGUAUGGAGGGCCGGUUAGGGGAGGCUGUGUCUCCCCAAACAGCCAGGAGUGGCCCAGCCCCCACCUUCUAUCCGAUCCCCCACCCCUACCCCACUUCUCGUGCCCUGAUGGCUCCCCCAGGACUCCUGCCCCAUCCACCACCCCGUCCCCUGACUGCCCCAUGCUGCCCCAUCCAACCCCCCCACCCCCCUUCCUGACUGCCACCCCGGGACCCCUGCCCCAUCCAACCCCCUGUUCCCUGCCUUCUGACCGCCCCACCCACUAUCCACACCCUGCCCCCUGACAACCACCCCGAAAUCCCCUGCCCUCUAUCCAACCCCCCCUGCCCCCUUUACCGCACUGCCUGGAGCACCGGUGGCUGGCGGCGCUACAGCCACGCCGCCCAGAGCACCGGGUCAGGCCACGGCUCUACAACUGCACUGCUCGGCCACCCAGAACCGGGGCCGGGGGCUAGCCUCCAGGGCCAGAAGCUCAGGGGCCAGGCAGGAGGGUCCCGCUGGCUGGAUGUGGCCCGCAGGCUGUAGUUUGCCCACCUCUGGCUUGAAAUGUAUAAUCACGGAUCUUACAGUCCUGGCCCCCAGCCUCAUGCUCCCCCAGUCUCUGAUGCCUGUGCAGCAGUGCCUUCGUGCAGCCAGUCCUCCCUAUAUUCCCCACUCUGAAGAGACACCCACCCCAUCUUGAGGCUUAACUUAUUCACAAUUAAGUAGCAAAAAUCAGCACUUAAGUGUAUGUUUUCAGUUAAUGUUCUGCAUGUGCUCUUUUCCCCUCCUGCAGAAUGAUUCCAGUUUUCUCAGUACUGUUCAUGAAGUCUACUUGCAAGUCCUGACCAAGAAUACAGACAUCAAACUAUAAUUGAAGUUAAUUCAGUUCAACUGACAAUAUGUCUGCUUCUGAAACAAUUAUGCCUCAUUUAUAAAGCUGUAAUAUUUUUUUAAAAAGAAUAUUUAGUUUUCAGUGUCUCGAAUUUUGAACCUGUUGGCAAAGACUAUUCCUUAAAAAUGCUUCUAAAAAGUAAUCUUCUCAGAAGUGAUCUGUGAUUUCACUGUGAUCAUCACCAGCAAACCUUUGUUUCUAAGGAAAAAUUUAGUUGCAUAUGAGCUUUCAUUAGCAUUAAGUGAAUGUGCAAAUGUUUUCUCUGACUUUUUUUUCUAGCUAUCUUCAGUACUGAAGAGUUAAGGGGAACAGUGCUGUUUUUAACCUAUCAGGUGUACAGUACACUACACAGAUCAGAACAAAACUCGGUUGUAAAACCCACUGCCGGUUCUGAGGGCUUUGUAGAGGCUGGGGAGGCUCAUUUAUCGUAAUAAACUGGUUGAUGGCAGAUGUGCAUGUAGUAAAAGAUACUGCAAUCAGGCUUGGAGCUGGGUGCCCUUAGAGCUAGAUGUUUGAGGUAGGGGUUAAAAAUACUUUUGCCCAUUCCUGAGCAACAAACAGCCUUACCCAAUGUACAUCCUUAUUUUGUAACUGUUCCGUUAGUUUUUGGCUUUGCAUCUUUGGCAACAAACGCGUGUCCAUUGAAAUAUGCUUGGUUUCUCUAAAAAGAUUGAAUCCAAAGUGUGCACAAUCCUAGGCUAGGGCAAUCAUGUGCUCUUUAAGUAACAGCCUGAUUUCUGUAAAUUUUUAAAAUCAGAUCUGGGGAAGAACAUCACUCUAAGACUAUUAUUUUCCUAUUCCCUGGGACUAUAUAUGAUAUUUGAAAUACAUUGUUUCUGUUCAGCUAAGGAUGAGCCAAUGCCAGAAUUGAGUUUCAUUAUUCACUUGUGUUGGCAUGUAGUGUUGAAAACUAUACAGAUGCGGAAAAAUUGCAAACUGACCCCUUGCCUCCAAAUUUUUUUUUCACGUUGUGUAGUACUGCUUUGUGUUUAGUUGAAAAGUGAACGCUUCUUACAUAUGGUUUACCAUUUCAGUAUUUACCAGUGUAAGAAUCCGACGACUUCAUGUCUCCCCAUUUGAAGUCAGAAAAGAAUCUUUAAUGAUAUUUUAUUAUGCUGCUAUUGGUCUAUCUGUGACUUUUAUAUUUAUUUCUAUAUGGCAUGAAAAGGUAGUUAGUAAUACUUUAAAGUAGAUCUCAGUUGAUUCCAGUAAUACUAAUUUUAAGGAAUGGUUUUUGAGUAGAGAGGUCUUGGCAUAUUUGGUAAUGGAUAAUUUGUAGUAAAUUUAACCAGUUAGGAUGCUUUGCUUAUUUUUUCCAAGCACUAUUGCAAUGAAGAAGAAACGAGUUUGUUUGGCUCUACAAAAUAGAAUAUCCUAGGGAUUAAUUAUAAUAAUGUUGACAUAGUCAAGGGUUCAGGGUCACUUCAUUGGAAAUGAUCAAAUAAGCUUUAAUUGUGACUCCAUCACAAAGCAGUGGGUUUCUUCUAGUUAUAACAAAAUGUUUGUUUGCAUUUUUCAUGUCUAAUAAUUGUUUUAGUUUGAACUUUGUUUUUGAAUAGAAAAGAUUUUUGUUUAGCAAAAUUUGCCUUCUGAAGAGUUUUUCAGCCUUUGAACUCAGUGUUUUUAAUUAAAAAUAUUUAGUAUUUUUAUGUUAGUAUGCAGAAUUCAGGGAAACGUACUAGUGACCAUGUGUAUUUACCAAGAAAUAUAUUAGCAUUAAUGGUAGCAUUUGAAUUCAGCAACAAAGACUUUCUGGACUUUGUAAGGAAGAAGGCGACCUAGUCACGUACUAGAAUUAUAAUAGCAUGUGCAUGCACAAAGCAAUGUGAAUUUGAUUAGUUUAUCUAAACCCAUACACCUGAUCCAAAUCAAACUUGUGAGGGCCUUUUUGGAGAAGAAAGAACAGGAAAAAAUGCCAAACUAGAGAGAGGUGCUUUUGGAUAUAGUCCUAGUGGACAAUAACCAAGACCCUCAAGCAGGUGUCUUUCUCUGGCUUCAGCAAAGAGUGAAGCAGUAAUUUUCUUGACUUUUAUGAGCAUUUCUACUAGCUUGAAAAGGAGGAUGGAUGGAAGGAGGAGUUCCCAAGUAUAGAAAUGAGAAAAGGAGCUACUGAGAUGAUACCAAUUACAAACAUUUCUGUUAACUUUUGGUUAAAUACAGACUCAUGUUUAAAAUGUCAUAUCCAAAGAUUUAUAUAAAUGAUGGGACACUAAGGAUUUCCCUCAUAUGGAUUGUACUUCCAUUUUAAGUCUGUAAGUCAUGAACAGUUGAUGAUAAAGGGAAUGUUAUUUUAAGUAGCAACAACAUUACAAGAGUUUGAUUAUGAUUUAAACCCCAACAUUUUACAUUUUUGUUUAACGUGCUUGUGUUAUAACUGUCCAGGAACCUCAACACGAUGUUGGUAGAUCCAAGUUCUCUUAAUUUUUAUAUUCUGCUAAUCUGAAAAAGUGACAUCUUCCCAGCUUGCAGAAUGAAUUUAAAUCACCGUGACUAAGCAAGCUUUCUAAUGAGUACAACUGAUUUCUGUUCACAUUGAAUUCUUACUCACAUUUACUCCACCUGCUGUAUGUAUAAACAGACGCACACUGGGAGAACAGGAGUAUCCUGCAUAUGCAGAGUGCCAUGAUAGUGCUUUUUCUAAUAUGACAAAAUUUAACAGAUAAACCUCUUUAAUGAAGAACUGCAUUGUAAAACAAGCUCUGCUGCAACAUAAAACUGGAGAUGUUUUAUAAUGUGGAAGUUGUUUGACAGCUUUAUUCUGGUUAUUUUGAACUUUUGUAUUCUAAAAUGGUCAAGUUCGUUUCAUUGCUUGAUUCAUGUUAGCUGCAUGUACUGAUAGUUAAUGCAUAGCUAGUUACCAUGGGUCAUCACAGCAACUUAACAUGAUCAUUUAAAGUGGCUUUUUGUUUUGGUAAAACUACUACUUAAUGUGAUUGUACCCAUUAGUUCUGAGAGUGAAAACAAUUAGUUUAGACUAUAUUCCCAAAAUUAAUUAUCAGUCUAAGCACGUGUUUUCUGUGGUCAAUGUUAAGUCACUUUAAAAAUUAUAACCUUCUAAUCAAAGAUGGUUUUAAGAUUUACAGCUUUAUUAUUAUUAUUAUUAUUAUUAUUCACAAAAUUAAAAUUGUUUCUCAGUUUUGUAGCUGUUAAUAUUGCAAAGUUAUAUGAAAGGUGCUGAACAGCUAUUAAUUUGGAAGCCGUAUAUCUUAUAAAAGUAGAAAAUAUUUGCAAAAGAAUUGAGGCAAAGUGUGAAACUGCAAGAGUGAUUAUUAAUUUUAGUUUCAUAUAACAAAUGUUUGACUUGCCAGGUAUUGAUGUUUGAACAUUUGCUGCUGGACAUGUUUCAUUUUGCCUACAUUUUGUUUUGCUUCAUUUUUGGUACAUUCCUUGAACCUAUAAUGCCCCAUCUAGUUAAGUAUGCAAUUACUGGGAAACUUUCAAAAGAGAGUGAUUAUUUUGGAAAGUUAUCUUUUAAAAGUAUGUGAGAAAUCAGACACUUUUUUCAACUAUUUGAAUUGCUUCUUGCUUACAGCAUAUCUUUACAGGAGGAAUGUGUGCAAUAUAUUUCACCUCAGUUUAGCCUGACAUUGUUGUGAAAAUGUUAAGAUGCAAUAUCUUCCUUCCACUUUAAAUUGGAAAAAAUUGCAAUAUCUUUCCCUGAUGGUCUAUUUAUUUUUAUCUAUUCUGUGUAUGGGCACAUUGGUGGCGGGGGGGGGGGGGGGUUUAAAAUGUAAAGUAUGCAUUUUUAACUGUCAUUUUUUUUACCACUUUUUUUUGGCUGCACCAGUUGUUAUUUACUUGCAUGUUCUUACGUAUGAAGAUGCUCAAGACAUUGGGAUUUUUAGUAAUGAUUUCUGGAAAAAUGGUAUGCAAACAGGUUUUUUUUUAAACGUAAAUACUGUAAACGUAGAUACUGCAUCACUAACAUUAUGGUAUGGACUUCUUUAUACCAUCUAUGUAUGUUUGCAAAUAUUAAGUUAUUGCAUAAAUGUUUAAGAAUUAGCAUUUUUCAUCCAAAAUUUUGUAUGUUUGCAAAUAUAUUUUUGUAAUAAAAUUUCAAAAACAAAUAUUUCAGCA